AGCCCGGCGCAUUUCUCCGGGUUUUAUCUGUGCGGUGAUGUCUGCAAACUCCUUAAAAUCCACCGGAGCCGUUGACGGGUUCCUUGGCGGGUUAGUUUAACGCCUCCCCGUCGGUCUCGUCGGAUUACCGGAGUGACAUGUAUGUAGUUUAUAAAGCGGACCGAGUCUGACAUGACAACUUUUCUGUGUGGUGGUUAAUUACAGGCGAACUGAGGUUCUGCACACGGCCAAGUUCAUAUGUCAAAUUAUUACGUUCCUUUUCAUUUCGUAGAAAAUGUCCCUGAUUUCAGGAGAGACCUGCUCAACUCCUGAAGCAGACCGAAAGAAACCUCCUCUUGUUUUCACGUUCCUGUCUGGAGCAUGACAACUUUGUGCAACACCAAAGGCUCUUCUGGUUCCGAGUCCAGUUUGAAACUUUAACGUUUCCCAUCGUGUCUGCUGCAGGAUCGAGCUUGUGCCACGUCUGGCUGGUUCACUGGGUUCAGCCUCUCUGAUCCAGUUAUUCUUUAACGUGUUGGGACUCUUUGAUGAACAACCCAAGUUCAGCAAUCAUAAAGUUAUUUUUAGACAAGCACACGCAGGAACAGUCCAGCGUGCUGUGUGAGGACCGAAUCAGACGCUGUUGGACAAACAUCUCAAAGACAGUUCUGGUUCUUGUCUUUUCUGGCUGCUCCACUUGUCAUCAGACUGUUUGGGUGUAAGAAGUUAUGCAGCGUCUGUCCUCACAGCCCGACUCCAUGCUUCACCAGUGAUCUACACUAGAAGGGCGUUCCAGUGUGUUCAUGUCUUUGGUUAACUCUUUAGUGAAGACCAUAACUAGAUGGAGUUAUUCUGGACCACCUUGGUGUUGGUGUAACCCUUCCUUUAUUUGUAAAAGUUUGGGGUGCCUCAGGACGCAUACGAACCUCCAACAGUUCACCACAGAGUGAGAAGCGGAUGGAUUCAGGAUCGGGACCUUUUUCAGUCUGAGACUGUGGUCCUCAGUCAGGAAUGGGUGAGUUUCCAACUCCAGGUUGAGAACGAGCUAGGGCUUCAGGUGGAGGAGAUCUUGGAGUCUUGUUCAAAAGUAAGAUGGUGGUAGAUGAAUAGAUUAGUAUUUAGUCUGUUGUGGUGAAGAGAACGCUGAAAGGUGAAGGUGAUGACUUCCAGAGCAACCUACAACUUAACCCUCAUGAGCUGUUAUGGCUGAAGUGAGAUGUCUCUGCUGGCGAGAUGAGAGAGGGCUCAGGUAUACAGUAGGAGCUCAGAGUCCCUGCUUGUCUGCAUGGAAAGAGAUGGGGCAUCUAGUGAGGAUUAUAUCUAUGGAAGGUGUUUGACAUGUCCCACUGGGAGGAGACUUUAGGACAGUCUGAGGACUCACUGGUGGCUUGGUAAUGUCUCUCUCCUGGUGUAUGGAGGGAGGUAGUUGGGAAGAGGGAGGUCUGGGGAUCUCCGCUUAAGCAGCUGCUCAGUUCUGGAUAGGUGGCAGAGAAUAAAUGUGUUCACUGAAAACCCAUUUUUUAAUGAUUAUGUCUGAUUAUAAUUGGUCACAAUGUCACACUGUCACUGAACAUUCGUGGACUCACCCAUCUUCAGUCAAGACAGGGAAGGCUGUUCUCGGUUUAAGUGUCCAGGGAACAGCAGAGAACAUCACGACUAGUAGAAGGUAACUGUUAGCGUUAGCAACUCCACCACACAGCAGAACUCUUCCAGGUUUAUGUCAUUUGUGGAGAUAAAACCUCAAAGAGUCAGUGGUAGAGUCUUGUUGUUAUCCAAUCAGAGGAGAGACGUAUCAGGUAAUAAGACCCCAGAUUUUGCCAUCUUAAGCUCAACUGUGAUAGUUACUGGAAUACACGGGUAUAUUCCAGUAUCCCCCCCACCGAGUAGGACUCGCAAGCCAUUAAUUCCUGCCAGAGUCCACAGUAAAUGUAUUGGUUAAAUGAGUGAACCACACCAAAGUAACUACCGGUAACUAAACAAAUAAAUUAGGAUUAAAAAAUCAGAUCAUUAUCUCCACCUACUGAAACAGACUAUAUAACAAUAAACCGACUGCUGUGGUGCAGCUGACCUCAGAGUAAUAUCCUGGGUUUGUCCUUGGAUCUUACCUUUGUUUAGGUCAUCUAACUGACCAAUCACAACAGACUGAGACUUCUAAAACCACAUUUACAACCAACAUUUAUUUUAGCAGUCUGCACAUUUAUAAUAUUACUGUAUUUUUGGAAACUAAAUCAUGCAAACCACUCGUUUCACACACGGGUUUCACAGGAUGGAGAUGGAGAGUCUUAAUAGAUGUUUCUUUUGCUCGGUGGGGAAAUAUUUCAUUUGAAAGUGCAACGAUUGGCUGCAGCUACAGAUUGAUUUAGCUUUUGUGUUAUACCUUGGCUAAACUAAUUGCUGUUUUCUAAUUGACCCACAUAUUCUACAUAACUCAGAUGGAUAGUGAUCCAGAAACACAGUUUCUGGUAUUUUUUCAUUUGCACUAGACCGCUGAGAUAACCAUUUUGCUGUAUCUUUGCAGGUCUUUGUUGUUCGUAUCAAUCCAACUUGAUUAUACCAUGAGUCAUCCUCUGCAGCAGGAAGAGAAAGAUGUUCCAGCAGUGUGAGGAGCCUCGCUUUACCAUCGAGCAGAUCGACCUCCUCCAGAGGCUCCGGAGGACGGGUAUUUCCCAGCCUGAGGUCCUUCACGCUCUCGACACCCUUGACCACUUGGACCGGCAGCAUGGACAAAAGUUGAACCAUAAAGCUUCCUAUAUGCCACCCUCUUCUUCCUUGUCUUCUUCCAACAGCACCUCUGCCUCUUCGUCCAUGACGUCCGCCUCUACUCAGACAACGUUCCCUGAUAAUCAGCUCUCCCUGUCACCUAGAAACAACUUUGACGCCACUACUCCACCUCUGGCCGUUCCAGCAGCCUCACCAGUUGCGAUGGCAGCAGUUGUGCAGAAUGGUCUGGUUGCCAUCACCAACGGGAAGCUUUCUCCUCCUCGGUUUCCUGUGGGUGUGAUUAGUGGUGGAGUAGCGGCACCAGGGUUUGGCUUUGAGGCCAGUGAAGAAGACAUAGAUCUUGAUGAAAAGGUGGAAGAUUUCAUGAGGAGGGACAGCGCUGUGAUAAAAGAAGAAAUCAAGUCCUUCCUGGCCAACAGACGGAUCUCCCAGGCGGUCGUUGCUCAGGUAACAGGAAUCAGUCAGAGUCGGAUCUCCCACUGGCUCCUGCAGCAGGGAUCGGACCUCAGUGAGCAGAAGAAACGAGCCUUCUUCCGCUGGUAUCAGCUGGAGAAGACUAACCCUGGUGCCACUCUGGCCAUGCGAGCUGCCCCCCUGGCUCUGGAGGAUGUGAUGGACUGGAACCAAACCCCACCCCCAUUUGCCUCGGCCCCUGGGGGCUUCCGCCUGAGACGAGGGAGCAGGUUCACUUGGAGGAAGGAGUGCCUGGCAGUCAUGGAGAGCUACUUUAACGAUAACCAGUACCCAGAUGAAGCCAAGAGAGAGGAGAUCGCCACUGCCUGCAAUGCGGUCAUUCAAAAACCAGGAAAGAAGCUGUCUGAUUUGGAGAGGGUUACAUCUCUGAAGGUCUAUAACUGGUUCGCCAAUCGCCGCAAAGACAUCAAGCGUCGUGCUAACAUAGAAGCAGCCAUCUUGGAGAGCCAUGGCAUCGAGGUUCAGAGCCCAGGAGGUCAGUCCAACAGUGACGAGAUGGAUGGAAACGACUUUCCUGACCAGGCUUGUGAGGUGACUUUGUUCGAUAAGAGAGCUUCAACCAGGCAGUUUGCCUUCAGUCGAGCUGACCUAUCUUCUCCAACCCAGGUUCCUCCUCAGCUCCCCAGCUGGUUUUCUGCUUUGGCCAGGGGGGGUGCAUCCGGACACAGGGGCACAUCUCUGAUUGGCCGGUCCCUCUUGUCAGGGCUGGGCCCUCAGGCUGAAGGCUCCAGGCUGACGGGCGUGUCCUGGUCCCCCCCUUCUCCGUCCCUCCAGGAUGAUCCGAGCCUGCUGUCUGAACCCCAGGACCUCGUCAGCUCGGAGAAAAUGGCGGUGAGCCGCCGCAGCCCUGCCUCGGCCAAUCAGGCGGACAGAGCAGGAGGCAGCACAGGAAACCAGGUCAAGAUGGAAACGCUGGAGGGCGACUGAAGGGACCGGCGGAUGGUGGAGCUGCCAGGACAGGUGUCAUCAUAUGCAAGCAGAUUUUAUAGGAAUGUAAAAAGUAAGAAAAAAAUAAGACCAAAUGUUGCAUAAACUCCAACCCUGAUACCUCCCAACCCUACCUCCAACCACCAACCUACUCUACUAUGCUCAUAUAGCUAUUAAUCAGAUAGAUAUGAUGGAAAUAAGACCCCUCUUUACUCGUUAGAGUCCCUCUGUGAUCUAUGAAGGAUUUAAAACGUACUCGAGUACAAAUCCAAUGUAGAAUCCACUUUAACGUUCGUCUCACACCUGAUUUCUUUCUUGGUUUGAAUUCUUUCGGACGCGUGUCGAACGGCAGCGUGAUGCUCUGUGCAGCUCUCAUGAGAGAACUGCACGUGAAACAGCUGUGAUGCUGGGUUUGACCUUCAAACCGUUUCAGGAUCUUGCACUGUGAUCUCAACGGAACAGCCUCAACGUAGGAAAGAGAAUCAGGUUCAUUUUAAAGAGAUUAUUUUAAAGGCUUGGUUGCAUUUCGUUGUUCAGGAACGAGUGUGCGUGGGUGCAGAGCGAGCAGGCGUUCUCACAGCUGCAGACGUCUGAGAGGAGUGGUGACGGGAGAGCCGGAGCUUCAUAAAAACCACAAUCUGUGACAUUUAAUCACUGUUGAGUACUGGCUGUCGGCUUCAGCAGUACUUCAUAUCAUAGUUGAGCUUUUUAAAUUAUUGUUGCCAUCCUUUCAGUUUUCACCAUUUUAAACCACUUCAUUAUUUUUAUAUUGUCACUUAAAAGGAUGUCCCGCUCCUCGUCUCACCUCGUUUGGUUUUUAAUGAGGAUUUUUAAAAGUUGAAAGCUUAAGUCAUGAAUUCCUAAAUAAUAAUCUAAGCAUCAUUAAUGCAGCAGCUUGGUAAUAAAAUAUAAUAUUUAUGCAGCUAGUAGAAGAAGUGUGUCACGUAGUGCUUAAAAGAGCCAAAAGAAAGUGGUUAGAUGUUUUUAUUCGAUUGUGCCCAGCAUGAUUUCUGUAAGCUCAGCAGUUUAAAGUGUAGUCAGGACAAACGGUUAAGUCAGAUGAUGUCAUCGCCUGUCGUACAUCAGGACGACGCUCUGAUGACCUCAUCAGUGGGAGCUCUUUAACAAAAGCCCACUGGUCUGAAGCGUACCGCGGGUUAACUACGGGAUUACAGCCCCAUCCUUCUACAGAGACUAGGAUUAUUCACCUGUGGGAGACCUCUGACACAGCAGACAGCCCUCCCACCUGUCGGACUGGGAGGUGGCCCCAAGAACCAAAAGCUCAAACUCCUCAGGUGGCGAGUUAAAGGUCAAAGUUCACUAUGGGAAAUUUAGAUGCAUACCAAACUAGUAUGACUGCUCAGCCAGGGGCUGUGAAAGCGAGGUGAACUGUCCAUGACACAAAUCGUGGUGAUGUUGAACAUCCUGCUUAGUCGUGGCGUUUUGUCAGACCCUGGAAAGUCCGCGAGCAGUGAGGUAAACACUCUGGAGAAGCCAGUGACGCCGCCCCCUAGCGAUCCAGGCUCUGAUGGUCUCUGACAUCAUGUCUUCAGCCUGGCUCAGUGUGCUUGGAGCCACAGCAGAGCAGGGUCUUGGUUAAAACAAAAGACCCGUUAGACUCUCAGCUCCUCGUUAGACCAACGUCUCCCAGAGUCCACCCGUCUGUCUGACCGCAAACCUGGAACCGGUUCUGUCUGUCUGCCAGUGUGCCAGCGGAUGAGAACCAGACACAUUCAUGUCCUGAAACAGUACAGCUGAUGGUAAUAAUACCAUUAACACACACACACACACACACACUGAGAUGAAGCAUCAGUGUGAGGUGAGUGGAAACAUUAGCUGAAGUGUUGUUUUACAUGUAUGAAAGUCAUGGACGCCUCUAAAGAGAUGUGCCGAUCGGACGCAUCAGAUGUGUUGAUGAGUGAAACGCGUUGCCCACAUGUUAGUAUUGGUGUGUUUGCGUGUUCUAAACACAACCCCACGUUUAAAAAGACACUUUAUUAGAGCUGCUUGAUGAAAGGAUCCCAGGAGCAGCAGCAGGAGGAGGUCAGUGAAGAGUCUCAGAUCGAGCGGUUCAGCCUGGUUUCUGCUCCUAUGACCGUGUCAAACACAAUCAGUAGACACCUGUGGUGGGCCCGGUUCCAUCUCUGGGCCUAAAACUCCACCUAGCUUUAGCCUGAAAGCACAUCAGAGCUGAAUCUCUGCAAAACAACAAAAACAUUUCAAGCAUGCCUUUAUUUAGUCUUUCCUUCUGUGUGACUUCCGCCCCUCCUGAAGGCUAAACUGGUGAGGGUGGGGGGGGGGGGGGGGGGCUUUUCUGCCAACAUGAACCAGAAGUUAGCUUUACAACGAGAGGGAUCCAUACGGUGGGGUCCACUCUAAACUGUGACUAAAUCGCUGUUUCCUCUGUGGUUUUGUGUUGAACUGGGUUCAUCAGCACUCCAAAGUCCCAACCGUACUAAAGUGGCUCCAUUCAAAGCCAAAUGUCCCCCCCCCCCCAGCUAUAAGCUACUCCUCACACCCCCUUCCGCUCAUGCUGCCUCUGUGUGACUCAGCGGUUGGGCUGCUGAGUCGGUUUCUGUUGAAAAGGGAAAAUGAUGAACAGAAAAGGGAAGCUUGACCUAAAAACUGACCUGAAACCUUUCCCUCCUCCUGUGAUAUUAACUCAAGUGGUCGGCCCCGACCGUCGGGGCCAGCCGAGCUUUGGUGUUGCGUAGUUUUCUGUCACCAGUUUAGUUUUACAGCCAGAACAUUUCAUCUGCCAAGCAGAAACGUUUGCGAGUCUGUAGAUUCAUCCUAGAUCACGACUUUGGGGGUAACUAUGAUUUCACCCUGACGAACAAAACAAAGAUUAUUUUAUCAGAUUAUUUUAUUGCCUUCUCGUUUCCCUUUCUUGUUGAAAAGAGAAAAAUGUAUAAAAUAAAAACACACUAUUAUGCAGGACCCUCUGAAGUGUUGCAUAAUUACAAGAAAAUGACCGUUUUCCUCACCAGUAUUAAGCUAACUUUUCUCAACCUUUAAUAUCAGUCCUGUUGAUUUGGGUUAUUUUUUUGUCUGGAGUUCGACUCCCGAUUACCUCGUUUUGUGCCAGAACGUGUGAUCUAAUCACUCUAAAGAGAUUGUGGAAAAAAAAACCUUGUAAUAGACAAACGUAGCUCUUCCAACUGUGCGAUAACUGCGACAUGUUACUGAUGUUUUUAUUGUUACUUGUCUGAACGCCAUCUGCCGCCUUGUUUGGUUUGGAAACGCCGCUCUGACCGUUGACUUCAUCUUUGCCAAAACCUCACAGCUCUCCUGCCAGAGUUGAGAUGUGAAGCGGGUCCGAAGAGGACAGAGAUGUUGAUCUGGUUUGAGCUGUGGAGAAUCAAAUGAAGUCGCCAUGCUCCCCUACAUUGUUUAGUGUUGUGACGGUAGAAAUGCUUCAUCUUCAUUUAUGCAGACGCCAUCUAGGUUUGGUACCUUCCAUCCUUAAAUGACCUGCCAGAGACAGGAAGUGCUGCAUUUACCAGCUUGAAUGCAGGUUCUCCUGUCUCUCUGGCGAUGAGCUUUCUACUAACCUCUGUAUGAAAUGUCAGUCCUCAGCUGGAUGUUUGCAUCACUUCAGUUUCUUUUCUAUUUCAGGAUUUAGUGCCUUUUUUGGACAAGUAGACUGUUGUGUAACUGGCAUGUAGAUUCUACAAAUGCCUUUUGUUACUUUUUCAUCUGUUGGAUAAACCUUAAUUUGCUAUUUUAAGGUAUUUUUAUUGAUAUUCAAAGUUCAAGGGAAUAAAAAACUCAUUAGACUCCA